AUGCCUUGUGCAGAAAGGCACAUAAAAAAAAAUAUCAUACUCAAGUCUCAAGUAGUACUACGAUCGGGCUGGAGGUCAAGUCAACUAGUGAAGCCAUGGCAUGACGCGGGAGGCAGCCCAUCAUGAUCCAUUCAUUCAUUUUGGCUUUUCUCUCAACAGCAAAGUGACCCAAGACGAGGAGACCGACUUUGCUUCGGUCUUCCGCGAAUCAGCUCCACGCUAGUCCUAGCGGCACACCAACCAAGCAAAAUUUCCACCAGACCCGGUCGCGCCCGCGAUUUAAAUACGGCGUCGCUCGCCGGAGCCUGUGGCGUGCAGGACCGAGCAGAAAACAGCCAGCCAGAUUCGUCUUCCUCCUCUCGCCAAUGGCUCACCUACCACCACACUCGCUCUUCCUCCUCCUCCUCGCCGUCCAUGUCUUCCUCGCCUCCCAUGGCUCCCCUCUUCCGCCGUCCAGCACCUACGAUGAUUCCAUUUGCUCGGAGUCGUCCAGGUGUGGCGGCGUUGACAUCACAUAUCCAUUCUAUCUGUCAAACGCCACUGGAGCAACCCCUGAUUACACACCCUACUCAUGCGGCUACACCGAUUUGAAGAUCUUCUGCCAAGGCGAGGGGAAGACCGCGAUCGCAACCCUUCAACUCGGCCGAGACAAGUUACACAACUACACCGUCCAGAACAUCUUCUACGAAAAUCACGCCAUCAUUCUGAGGGACACUGAAGCCUUUAUUAGCGGCGGCAAGUGUCCCACGGUCACCCACAACGUGACAUUCGACAGGGAGUGGCUAAACUACACCGAGUCCUUGGAGGAGCUCACCUUCUUCUUCGGCUGCCACUCCACGGAGAGCGAUCAGCCGGCUCCUGAUCCUCCGCUAGACAAGUUCCAGAUCGACUGCAAAGGGUUCAGUCCGCCUCCAGGCAGUGGAGACGGUUUUUCCUUCGUCUUCAGCUCUGAGGAAGGCAACGUUUCUCGGGAGCACGAACUGGCUGAGUACUGUAGGCAGAAGGUCAUCGCGCCGGUACUCCAGAAAGAUGCUGUGAGAAGUGGUCUGCUCGUGUUGCCGAGGGAAUAUGGCGUCGUGCUUGGACAGGGCUUCGAGUUGGAAUGGAAGCAGAGCAAGGAUCGGCAAUGCGAGCUGUGCGAGAAAUCUUAUGGACGCUGCGCCUACAACGAGAAGAAGGAAUUCCUUUCUUGCUUGUGCUCCGGCGGGAUCUGCAAGAGCAAUCCAAACCCUCCAUCAUCAGGUAAGUCCUUCACAACCGGUCCUUCAAUUUCAUUGCCGUUUGAAAACAAAAAUGCCCGAAAAACGAAACCGAGAGCGUGUCUGUCGGUUUCGAAAACAGAAUAGCGCGUGAGAAGCAGUAAUAUUUGCUCGCCAUUUCGUCAGUGGACAAGGACGGUUCCCGACCUUUUCCACGCCCCUUGUUCCCUACCAUGUAUCGAAACGCGCCAGCUCGUGACUGCGGGGUUCAUUAUCAUCAGGCGGACCGCUGCCUCCAGUGGAGCUUUUCUUCUUUUUCUUCUCUGAGUUUUCCGGGUUAAAGCAUCUCGAGCCGUUGGAGCCCCCAGGACAAUCGCCGGACCAAAAAUAGCACGUCCUAAGAGGCAAAAUAUUUUCGCUGGAUGAAAUGCGAGUACGUUUUUCCAGUCGUUGGUGCCCCCAAGACAAUCGUCGGGCAAAAAGUGAUUAGGUGGGUUAGAAAAAAGGAGGAGUGGGGGAAUAGGAUUGGCUGUUACUUCCGCCGGCGCCCUCAAGAGAGGCCAGUGCGUUGUGUUUGGUCUGGGUUUGCCGGCGCUAAUUUGAGGUCUUGGGAGGGAGGGGGGGGGGGGGCUUCGGGGGCCCGGCCGGGCCGUUUUUUGUCCUUUUACAUCACCGGUGCAAAGAAAAUGGUCUGGAGGGGCGGCUCGAGAUGCUCUUAUGUUAGACAAACACGUAGUACCUUCAUCUGCAGUAGGUCUUCGGAAGAGUUUUGACGUGGUCCUUAUUCUUUCUUGGGUUUGGCUACGGCACAUCUAAAUACAUCUAGAUAUGGUACGUCUAGAUGUGCUGUUCUUUUUGUAGCUGGGAGGGAUCCAGCUUGGAUCACCACCAACACCAGGUGCACUGUUUUUACAGAGACUAUUAAGAGAACUUAGCGAUUCCCAAAUUUUAAAAACCUGCUGUGGAAGACAAAAGGGUACAUCGGCGACUAGCUAGAAGCCUUUCUUCGACGCGGCUGGGCCAAUAAACUGAAUAAAGUAUACCACACCAGUCUCCACGGAACAACGACGGGAGGUAGCAGUACAGCAGACGACUUGCGUGGCACACUCGCGUUAUGUGUGCGCGAGACCGGACUGGUCAAAGGUUUGAGCAAGAGGGGCCUUCCAAGCCAGCCAGCCGCCGGAGAAACUCGCAAGGCCUCCGCCACUUAUAAACGCGGAGGAGGAGGAGCGGCAAGAAACAAACGGCCCGGUGCAGACAGCCACCAAACCAGAGGGGAAGAAAAAAGAGGCCCUCGUUCGCCUAACUCCAUUAGCCCAUAGCCAUGCCUCUCUUGAUAUGCCACCGGC